CAUCAAAGGUCUCCGGACAGCAGCACGAAUCCACCAUGUUGGAAACUAUGCGCGGCUUUAUUCGGUGUUUACACAAUUUGUUUCUGUUCGUGUGCAUCAAUUUCUAGCCUCUCUUGUCUAUCACUGUCAAGCGAAAUGUGUGACAAUCUGUCACAUCGUUAGCACUUUGCCCAUAUUACGUCAUAUCGCGCCUGCGGAACUGCGACGACUGCCCACGGUGCUGCAGCUCGUUUAGUCGUUUUGAAACGAAGCAAGACAACACUCACGUAUGUUUUUCAGAUGCAGCUAAAAGCCUCUACAGGUGCUACGUGAUUUGUGUUCGUCACAGUGUGCGCUGUCCUGUGUUCAAUAAAUCGGCAUUUCUGACGCGGCGGCACUCCAGUUUCCAGACUGUUUGUUUUUCUCGGGGAAUGAGUCGGCGUAUGCCAGUGUCGUCAGCUUCAUUUCUGGGAGUUUUCCAGAUGAACGAAGUGAAUUUGUUUCAGCUUGUCUGACGAACCUCUCGCGUGGAAUUCGGGACGUUCAUGCGAUGCCGACCAUUGACGCGCGUUCGCCAAUCUGCUCGGUGAAAAACCGGGCAUUCGAUCGACGGUGCCGUUCGUUACAACUUCCAACUUAUUCUUAGUCGAUGCAGUUUGCGACCACGCCUUGGAUAGCACGCUGCUUCAAGAUACGCGAGUGGCAGCUUGCGACACACGUUUGAACUUAGUAGGAGACCGGCACUACGUGUGCAAAGUCCUGCGUUUAGUUCUACAGCUAAGAAUUCAGUUGUACAACUGGCAUGCAGCAAGCCCAGGCACCUGACAUGUUUGAGCAAUAAACACUCCUUAAGUUGCGCCGAUGCAAGUCUCCACACCUCGGCGGAACCGCAGCGUAAGGCUGUGGAACGGACCGUGCGGGAUGUCGUCCGCGGACACGCCAGCCAAAUGUGGUAGAUAAGAAACACGGAAUGCGGGGACUGUUCCUGAUGGCUUGGUGUGUGCCUGUGGAACUGCAUUGUCAAGAUACAGUCUCGCUGUUAGUUUACUCGAGCAGGAUUGCAUUAACCGGUUUUUUCCGGCUACACCGCUGCGGAAAUCGUCUUUCCCGUAGUUCCGUAGAACCGGAACAAGAGCGAGCUCCGCUGCUGCAGGAGCGCUUCGCCGGCGAAAGCCACCGACAGAAAAAGGUCUGUCGGGCGGCGGCUCCUGCAGUGGCGCUGCAAAACGAUUUCGACAUUCCAAAUGUUAAGACCGUCAGCACGUUUUACGUCCAAUUUUCAACUUUUCCGGUUAUAUCCAUCUACGCUUUCCCGUGCAAAAGGAGGAAAUACAAGGCGACAAGACACACAUCGUUGUGUUCUGGUUGAUUCAAAUCGGACAUUGUUUCGCCUUCUCGAAAGAAUCACGAAUGAAACAAGUACCACUUGCCUCGAAGACACGGAGCGAGACUGAGAAUCAGGUAGACCUCGACACUGAAUCCAUGAGCGUGAUCUGUGUGGUUAUGUUGCAUAUUAACAUAUAUAUAUAUAUAUAUAUAUAUAUAUAUAUAUAAUUGGACAUGCAUUCAUACAUGUGUGUGCAUUUACACAAUUUUAGAUGGUAGAUAGGUAAAAAAGUGUCUCCGGACGUGGUUAACGUUCAUAACUGGAUCUUUUCCAGUAACAAGGGAGUAGCGAGCCGACAUGGAGGGUGCGCAUCUUGAGACUUCAGCAGGGAAUCCCCCACAGGAGACUGCUGUAAAGACUUCGUUUCCAGCUUUUACGGAAAAAUUCUUUUUAUGAACUGACCGUGUGGUACUGUCUAUGUGGAAAGAACGACGUUGCCUUUCACGAGCUUGUACUGCACGUGGAGUCCGUCGGAUCGAUGUCACAGGAACAACCGUGCAUGCGCCAGAAGAGACCGCGACCCCUUUGUGUGAAAAAUCCGAAGCCGAGUCUGCCCCCUGAGGCUUGAGUAUUGCUUGUCAAGUUCCUUACGUCUCCGUACCUCACUACCGGCUACUUGUUACCCAACCAACGGCGUUCUCUGAUGGCCCUAAGCGGUGGGAGUUCGCUUGAUGUAUCUAAUGCGAAGUUUCAUCGUAGUGCAGCUUAAUCUUUGGCUCGCAAUGCUAAGUGCGUUGUUUCCACAAUCGGCGACACUUCGUUGACAUACUGACGCCAUGAGUGGUGACGCACAGCUCUGCGAACCCGAAACGCUAAGUUGUCAACAAAUCGAAACUCGGACGACGGCCAACGAGAGGAACCAGUUCAGUCCUUAGUGAAACCGCGA